AGUCUCCCGGUCCGGGCUAAUCAUUGACAGGGCUUUACAAUCACAGGCUUUUUCUGGAGCGCUGAUAAAGACAGUCCAGCAGUUAGUGGCAAGUGAAGACAGUCUGUGCAGCAGGGUCUCCGGGGAAUGAAUGGAUUUUCUUCAGCUCUGAUGAAAGAAGCACACGCUCUAGGAAAACAAUGUCCAACAGGGCGCUGCAAGGAUCUGUGGUGCUGUCAGCAUUCGUUCUGCUGCGAGCCGUUACCGGAUUCUCGGGAGACGGGAAAGCCAUAUGGGCUAAAAAACAUUAUGUGAGUCCCGUAAACGCAAGUCAGCUGUUCCUCUAUGACACUUUCCCUAAAAACUUUUUCUGGGGCGUUGGGACCGGAGCAUUUCAAGUGGAAGGGAGCUGGACGGCAGAUGGAAGAGGACCCUCGAUCUGGGAUCGUUUCAUCUCCACACACCUGGGAGAUGCGGGCAGAUCUGCUGACAGUUACGUUUUUCUGGAAAAGGACUUGAUGGCUCUGGAUUUUUUAGGAGUUUCUUUUUAUCAGUUCUCAAUCUCCUGGCCACGGUUGUUCCCCAAUGGAACAGUAGCAACCGUGAACGAGAAAGGUCUGCGGUACUACAACGCACUUCUGGACUCGCUGUUACUUAGGAAUAUUGAGCCGGUCGUUACCUUGUACCAUUGGGAUUUGCCUUUGACGCUCCAGGAAGAACACGGGGGCUGGAAAAAUGCAACUACGAUCGAUCUCUUCAAUGACUAUGCCACAUACUGCUUCCAGACCUUUGGAGACCGUGUCAAAUACUGGAUUACAAUUCACAACCCUUACCUCGUUGCUUGGCAUGGGUUUGGCACAGGUAUGCAUGCGCCAGGAGAGAAGGGAAAUUUAACAGCUGUCUACACUGUGGCACACAACCUGAUCAAGGCUCAUUCAAAAGUGUGGCAUAACUACGACCGAAACUUCCGCCCUGGUCAGAAGGGUUGGCUGUCUAUCACCUUGGGGUCCCACUGGAUAGAACCAAACAGAACAGAAAACGAGGAGGAUGUGGUCAACUGCCAACACUCCAUGUCCUCGGUGCUUGGAUGGUUCGCCAAGCCCAUCCACGGAGACGGUGAAUACCCCGAGGUCAUGAAGACCAGACCCACUGUGCCCGUGUUCUCUGAGGCAGAGAAGGAGGAAGUGAGGGGCACAGCUGACUUCUUUGCCUUUUCCUUCGGGCCCAACAACUUCAGGCCACAGAACACUGUGAUGAAAAUGGGACAAAAUGUAUCGCUCAACUUAAGACAGGUGCUGAAUUGGAUUAAACUGGAAUAUAACAACCCUCGAAUCUUGAUUUCGGAGAACGGCUGGUUCACAGAUAAUUAUAUAAAGACAGAGGACACCACGGCCAUCUACAUGAUGAAGAAUUUCCUCAACCAGGUUCUGCAAGCAAUCAAGUUUGACGAAAUACAAGUGUUUGGGUAUACGGCCUGGACUCUCCUGGAUGGCUUUGAAUGGCAGGAUGCUUACACUACUCGCCGAGGACUAUUUUAUGUGGAUUUUAAUAGUGAGCAGAAAGAAAGGAAUCCCAAGUCCUCGGCACAUUACUACAAACAGAUCAUACAAGAAAAUGGUUUCCCUUUGAAAGAGUCCACACCAGACAUGCAGGGCCAGUUCCCCUGUGACUUCUCCUGGGGAGUCACAGAGUCUGUUCUUAAGCCGGAGUUUAUGGUUUCCUCCCCACAGUUUACCGACCCUCACCUGUAUGUGUGGAAUGCCACUGGCAACAGACUGCUACACCGAGUGGAAGGGGUAAGGCUAAAAACGAGACCAUCCCACUGCACAGAUUAUGUGAGCAUAAAAAAGAGAGUUGAAAUGUUGGCCAAAAUGAAAGUGACCCACUAUCAGUUCGCCCUGGACUGGACCUCUAUCCUUCCCACUGGCAAUCUGUCUAAAGUUAACAGACAAGUGCUCAGGUACUACAGGUGCGUGGUGAGCGAAGGGCUGAAGCUGGGCAUCUCCUCCAUGGUGACGUUGUACCACCCAACCCACUCCCAUCUCGGCCUCCCCACGCCACUUCUGAGCAGUGGGGGAUGGCUAAACACGUACACGGCCACGGCCUUCCAGGACUACGCAGGGCUGUGCUUCCAGGAGCUGGGGGACUUGGUGAAGCUCUGGAUCACCAUCAAUGAGCCUAACAGGCUGAGUGACAUGUACAACCGCACGAGUAACGACACCUAUCGUGCAGCCCACAACCUCAUGAUCGCCCAUGCCCAGGUCUGGCACCUCUAUGACAGGCAGUACAGGCCGGUCCAGCGUGGGGCUGUGUCGCUGUCCCUACAUUCCGACUGGGCAGAACCUGCCAACCCCUAUGUGGACUCACACUGGAAGGCAGCCGAGCGCUUCCUCCAGUUUGAGAUAGCCUGGUUUGCAGACCCACUCUUCAAGACUGGCGACUACCCAUUGGCCAUGAAGGAGUACAUCGCCUCCAAGAAGCAGCGAGGGCUGUCCAGCUCAGUCCUGCCGCACUUCACCCCGAAGGAGAGCAGUCUGGUGAAGGGCGCCAUCGACUUCUAUGCGCUGAACCACUUUACUACUAGGUUGGUGAUACACAGGCAGCUGAAUAGCAACCACUCUGCUGCAGACAGGGACGUCCAGCUCUUGCAGGACAUCACCCGCCUAAGCUCACCCAGCCGCCUGGCUGUAACGCCCUGGGGAAUGCGCAAGCUGCUUGGGUGGAUCCGGAGAAACUACGGGGACAAGGACAUCUACAUCACAGCCAAUGGGAUCGAUGAUCUGGCUCUGGAAAACGAUCGGAUCCGAAAGUAUUACUUGGAGAAAUACGUCCAGGAGGCUCUGAAGGCAUACCUCAUUGACAAGGUCAAAAUCAAAGGCUACUAUGCAUUUAAACUGACUGAAGAGAAAUCUAAGCCUAGAUUUGGAUUUUUCACAUCCGACUUCAAGGCUAAGUCCUCCGUCCAGUUUUAUAGCAAGUUAAUCAGCAGCAGUGGCUCCCCUUCUAAGACCAGCAGCCCCGCGUGCGGCGGGCGUCCUGAAGAUGCAGAGUGCGCCAUCUGCGCCUUCCUCUCGCAGAAGAAAGCGCUCCUCUUCUUUGCUUGUUGCUUCACCUCCACUCUGGCUCUACUGCUAUUGAUCACCAUUUUUCAUCAUCGAAAGAAAAGAAAAUCUCGGAAAGCGAGGAACUUACAAAACAUACCAUUAAAGAAAGGACACAGCAGAGUUCUUAGCUAAACUAUCACCUCUGUCAUAGUCACUCCAGUUCCACACACUGGUAACUUACACUUUGAGAGACAGCUGUAGCCAAGGUGAUGACAAUCGAUGCCUUUGUAGUGUGGGUCAGACCAUUCCCUCAGGUACUGACGUCGCUGAAGGGUUUACCCUGACAGUAACUCUGGGCUUAGCCGCAAACAUUGC